GGUACUCCUCUCGGCUCGUUCCUGCGCGACCGGGACAAAGUGCCGCGUCCUUGGAACCAGAAGUUGCGCGCGGAGGAAGAGGGAGAGAGUUGGUCUGACGGCUCCGGGAGAACUUCACCACGGACCACUGACAGGGAGGUGGAUGGACCUUCACCGCCCCUUCAAGAUGGACAGCCCCUCCUACCUGCCAGCUCCACUGGCCUCCCCCGCCCUGAUGGUCCUGGCCUCCACUGCCGAAGCCAGCCGAGACGCCUCCGUCCCCUGCCAGGCGCACAGGCCCUUCGGUGUGCCUGCUUCCAUGGAGAAGGACCUCCACCUCCCCUUCCCUUCAGCCUCCUACACAUUCACCUCCAUGUACCAGCGCCAGGGCCCCAUGUCGGGCACCUUUCCGUCCCGAGACUUCCCAGCCUCCCUGCUCCACUUGCACCCCCAGUUCACCCCACCAAACCUGGACUGCUCCACCCUUGGUAUGCUCAACCACAGUGGGGUGGGCGCCUUCCGACCUUUCUCCUCCCCGCAUGAGGAGAGGGAGUCAGGGGUUUACCAGUCCGCUUUCACCCCCGCCAAGAGGCUGAAAAGCUGCUUCCCGGAGGUGGAGGGGAAGGAGUUUGACUUUGGCUCUUUGGGAGGCUCCCUAAAAGCUGGUGAGGACUCAGGGAGGAAGCUGUUCUCCAUGUCUGGCCUGCUGUCUGAUGGAGAAGCUUCAUCAAGCCCGGAGGAGCGUAAAGACCACAGUAAGGUGAAGGGUCUCUACGACGCUCAGGCCCCAAUGUGUCCGGUCUGCCAGGCCAUUCUGCGACCGGGCGAGCUGCAGGAACACAUGGAGCAGGAGCUGGCCAAACUCGCCCAGCAACAAGUCAGUGCCACUCCGCUGCAGCACGACCUCCUUGUAAGAGCCCCAAAGUCUCUCUCGCUUUCACUGCAUAUAAAGCGUGAGGGAGGAUCUCCCACCUCACCCCCUCGACCUGCCGAUGACGCCCAUUCUGACCGCUACCAGACGUUUCUCCGUGUGCGCGCCAACAGACACACGAGACUAAAUGUCGACGACCUCUGCUGGUGCAGGUGCUACGUCAAAACUGCCCCAUUACGCCCUCACAGCGCAGGAUCCCACCUAGACUGCACACAAGCUGUCAGGAUUGGAAAGCUGAAGAGGAGGAAACCAGAGGAGGGACAGGAGGGUUCAGUGGACCUGGUGCCGUUGGAGAACGAGUGGAAUGAGAGGAGAAGGAUACAGAUGUCGUCUAUAGUCGGAGGGUUUAAAGGUGCAAUGCUGGUGAGCACGACCUCGAGGGAGUGUCGAGACAGCGAUGCGGACCUGGACGUGGAUGGAGACGAUACUCUGGAGUAUGGCAGAGCGCAAUACACAGAGGCAGACGUUAUCCCCUGCUCAGGCGAAAGUUCUAAGGAGAUGAACAGCAGUAUAUUGCCUGAUUCUAGAGUGAACCUGGACUAUUCCAAAUGGUUAAAUGAAGGGAGUCCAUCUACCAGCAGUGGAGAGAAAGUGGAUGGCAACCUAGUCGCUCUGCCCAAAACCUGCAAAAAUACUGACAUAGAGACGCUCUCAGAGAAUUCCACACUGACAACUCUGGAUGCACUUAAAGCUCGGAUACGGGAUUUGGAGAAACAGUUGUCUAAAGGAGACAGAUUUAAAUGCCUCAUCUGCAUGGACACGUACACGACGCCGCUCACUUCCAUCCAGUGCUGGCAUGUUCACUGUGAGGAGUGUUGGCUUCGAACACUGGGAGCAAAGAAGUUGUGUCCUCAGUGCAACACCAUCACUUCACCUGGAGACCUGAGGCGGGUUUACCUGUGACAGGGGAGGGGCUUCUUCUGUUUUAGCCAAUCAGGGGUGGAAUUGUGGGCAGCUGGCCUGUCGUAGAUGACCACCCCCAUUCUCCUUCUCCUCCUCCUCCUCCCCCGCACACCUUCUUGAUCCUUUCUUUUACGUCGUAGUGCUCCUAAAUUCUAAGAUUUGACCUUUUCUUUACAGCCCUGUACAAUAUUCAUGUUCGUGCUGCAACAUCAACCAGAUCUGAAGAAACAUUUAAAAUCAGUUGAGAGCUCUGGGGUACUGAGGCACUGAAUAAAAAAAAUAACAUAGGGAAAAUGCUUUGGGAUGAUGUUGAUCUUUUUCUAAUCCUUUUGUCUGUUUUAUGAGGAAAAAAAGAGUUGAAUCACAUGCAAAGCACAUGUACAUAGUUUUGUGUAUGUUUGGAUUGGUGUGUGUGUGUGUGUGUAUAUAUGAUGUUGACUAGCAGAACAACCUGACUGUAUUUACUGUACAUAGUCAUUGAUUAGAUCCUAUAUCAUUUGUUUAGCUCCCGUAGGCUCAUUAACAGUAAUCUCACAACAUUCAGACUCACUUCGUCUUUGUCACUGACGUGUUUUCUUUGUACAUGGUCAUUAAAUCUAAUUUUAUCAAUGUUACUUCAAUAAAACGUGUG